AUGCACAAACCCGUCACAGAACAAACGCGGGAUAUUCACGAGCCGAACGCGGGCCACACCUUCCCUACUGUUCGGGCUUUCGGCCUCUCUACUGGUCGGGCUUUCGUCCUCCCUACUGUUCGGGCUUUCGGCCUCUCUACUGGCCGGGCCUUCGGCUUCCCUACUGGUCGGGCUUUCGGCCUCUCUACUGGCCGGGCUUUCGGCUUCCGUACUGGCCGGGCUUUCGUCCUCCUUACUGGCUGGGCUUUCGUCCUCCUUACUGGCCGGGCUUUCAGCUUCCCUACUGGCCGGGCUUUCGUCCUCCUUACUGGCCGGGCUUUCAGCUUCCCCUACUGGCCGGGCUUUCGUCCUCCUUACUGGCCGGGCUUUCGGCCUCUCUACUGGCCGGGCUUCCGUCCUCCUUACUGGCCGGGCUUUCGGCUUCCGUACUGGCCGGGCUUUCGUCCUCCGUACUGGCCGGGCUUUCGUCCUCCUUACUGGCCGGGCUUUCGGCUUCCGUACUGGCCGGGCUUUCAGGUUCCCUACUGUUCGGGCUUUCGGCCUCUCUACUGGCCUGGCUUUCGUCCUCCUUACUGGCCGAGCUUUCGACUUCCCUACUGGCCGGGCUUUACUAUACCGGAUAUUCACAAGCGUUCCCCACUACUGGCCGGGCUUUCGUCCUCCUUACUGGCCGGGCUUUCGGCUUCCCUACUGGCCGGGCUUUCAGGUUCCCUACUGUUCGGGCUUUCGGCCUCUCUACUGGCCGGGCUUUCGUCCUCCUUACUGGCCGGGCUUUCGCCUUCCCUACUGGCCGGGCUUUCAGGUUCCCUACUGUUCGGGCUUUCGGCCUCUCUACUGGCCGGGCUUUCGUCCUCCUUACUGGCCGGGCUUUCGACUUCCCCUACUGGCCGGGCUUUCGGCUUCCCUACUGGUCAGGCUUUCGGCCUCUCUACUGGCCGGGCUUUCGUCCUCCUUACUGGCCGGGCUUUCGGCUUCCCCUACUGGCCAGGCUUUCGGCUUCCCUACUGGUCGGACUUUCGGCCUCUCUCUACUGGCCAGGCUUUCGUCCUCCUUACUGGCCGGGAUUUCGGCUUCCCUACUGGCCGGGCUUUCGUCCUCCUUACUGGCCGGGCUUUCGGCUUCCCUACUGGCCGGGCUUUCAGCUUCCCUACUGGUCGGGCUUUCGGCCUCUCUAUUGGCCGGGCUUUCGUCCUCCUUACUGGCCGGGCUUUCGGCUUCCCUACUGGCCGGGCUUUCAGGUUCCUUACUGUUCGGGCUUUCGGCCUCUCUACUGGCCGGGCUUUCGUCCUCCUUACUGGCUGGGCUUUCGGCUUCCCCUACUGGCCGGGCUUUCAGGCUUCCCUACUGGUCGGGCUUUCGGCCUCUCUACUGGCGGGCUUUCGUCCUCCCUACUGUUCGGGCUUUCGGCCUCUCUACUGGCCGGGCUUUCGGCUUCCCCUACUGGUCGGGCUUUCGGCCUCUCUACUGGCCGGGCUUUCGGCUUCCGUACUGGCCAGGUUUUCGUCCUCCUACUGGCCGGGCUUUCGGCUUCCCUACUGGCCGGGAUUUCGUCCUCCUUACUGGCCAGGCUUUCGGCUUCCCCUACUGGCCGGGCUUUCGUCCUCCUUACUGGCCGGGCUUUCGGCCUCUCUACUGGCCGGGCUUUCGUCCUCCUUACUGGCCGGGCUUUCGGCUUCCCUACUGGUCGGGCUCGGCCUCUCUACUGGCCGGGCUUUCGUCCCCCUUACUGGCCUGGCUUUCGGCUUCCAUACUGGCCGGGCUUUCGUCCACCAUACUGGCCGGGCUCUCGGCUUCCCCUACUGGCCGGGCUUUCGUCCUCCUUACUGGCCGGGCUUUCGGCUUCCGUACAGGCCGGGCUUUUCGUCCUCCUCCUUACUGGCCGGGCUUUCGGCCUCUCUACUGGCCUGGCUUUCGUCCUCCUUACUGGCCGGGCUUUCGGGCUCUCUACUGGCCUGGCUUUCGUCCUCCUUACUGGCCGGGCUUUGGCUUCUGUACUGUCCAGGCUUUCGUCCUCCCCUUACUGGCCGGGCUUUCGGCCUCCCUACUGGCCUGGCUUUCGUCCUCUUUACUGGCCGAGCUUUCGACUUCCCUACUGGCCGGGUUUUCACCGUCCCUACUGGCCGGGCUUUACUAUACCGGAUAUUCACAAGCGUUCCCCCCCUACUGGCCGGGCUUUCGUCCUCCUUACUGGCCGGGCUUUCGGCUUCCCCUACUGGCCGGGCUUUCAGGUUCCCUACUGUUCGGGCUUUCGGCCUCUCUACUGGCCGGGCUUUCGUCCUCCUUACUGGCCGGGCUUUCGGCUUCCCCUACUGGCUGGCUUUCAGGUUCCCUACCGUUCGGGCUUUCGGCCUCUCUACUGGCCGGGCUUUCGUCCUCCUUACUGGCCGGGCUUUCGACUUCCCUACUGGCCGGGCUUUCGGCUUCCCUACUGGUCGGGCUUUCGGCCUCUCUACUGGCCGGGCUUUCGUCCUCCUUACUGGCCGGGCUUUCGGCUUCCCCUACUGGCCGGGCUUUCAGGUUCCCUACUGUUCGGGCUUUCGGCCCUCUCUACUGGCCGGGCUUUCGUCCUCCCUACUGUUCGGGCUUUCGGCCUCUCUACUGGCCGGGCUUUCGGCUUCCCUACUGGCCGGGCUUUCGGCCUCUCUACUGGCCAGGCUUUCGUCCUCCUUACUGGCCGGGCUUUCGGCUUCCCUACUGGCCAGGCUUUCGUCCUCCUUACUGGCGGGCUUUCGGCUUCCCCUACUGGCCGGGCUUUCGUCCUCCUUACUGGCCAGGCUUUCGGCUUCCCUACUGGCCGGGCUUUCGUCCUCCUUACUGGCCGGGCUUUCGGCCUCUCUACUGGCCGGGCUUUCGUCCUCCUUACUGGCCGGGCUUUCGGCUUCCCUACUGGUCGGGCUUUCGGCCUCUCUACUGGCCGGGCUUUCGUCCUCCUUACUGGCCUGGCUUUCGGCUUCCGUACUGGCCGGGCUUUCGUCCUCCUUACUGGCCGGGCUUUCGGCUUCCGUACUGGCCGGGCUUUCGUCCUCCUUACUGACCUGGCUUUCGGCCUCUCUACUGGCCUGGCUUUCGUCCUCCUUACUGGCCGGGAUUUCGGCUUCCGUACUGUCCGGGCUUUCGUCCUCCUUACUGGCCGGGCUUUCGGCUUUCCUACUGGCCGGGCUUUCAGGUUCCCUACUGUUCGGGCUUUCGGCCUCCCUACUGGCCUGGCUUUCGUCCUCCUUACUGGCCGAGCUUUCGACUUCCCUACUGGCCGGGUUUUCACCGUCCCUACUGGCCGGGCUUUACUAUACCGGAUAUUCACAAGCGUUCCCCACUACUGGCCGGGCUUUCGUCCUCCCUACUGGCCUGGCUUUCAGCUUCCCUAUUGAUCGGGCUUUCGGCCUCUCUACUGGCCGGGCUUUCGUCCUCCUUACUGGCCGGGCUUUCGGCUUCCCUACUGGCCGGGCUUUCGGCUUCCCUACUGGCCGGGCUUUCACCGUCCCUACUGGCCGGCCAAGCUACUUUCUUUCUUUCUUACAUUUUCUCUUUCUUUCUUUUCCUCUUUCUUUUUCUUUUCCUAUUUCUUUCUUUCUUUCUUUCGUGCAUUUUCUCUUUCUUUCUUUUCCUCUUUCUUUUUCUUUUACUCUUUCUUUCUUUCUUUCUUUCUUUUUCUUUUCCUAUUUCUUUCUUUCUUUCUUUCGUGCAUUUUCUCUUUCUUUCUUUUCCUCUUCAUUUUUCUUUUACUAUUUCUUUCUUUCUUUCUUUCUUUCUUUUUUUCUUUCUUUCUUACAUUUUCUCUUUCAUUCUUUUCCCUUUUCUUUUUCUUUUCCUCUUUCUUUCUUUCUUUCUUUCUUUUUUUCCUCUUUCUUUUUCUUUCUUUCUUCCUUUUUUCUUUCUUUUUCUUUUCCUCUUUCUUUCUUUUCCGCUUUCUUUCUUUUCCUCUUUCUUUUUCUUUCUUUCUUUCUUACAUUUUCUCUUUCUUUCUUUUCCUCUUUCUUUUUCUUUUCCUCUUUCUUUCUUUCUUUCUUUCUUACUUUCUUUCUUACAUUUUCUCUUUCUUUUUCUUUCUUUCUUUCUUUCUUAUAUUUUCUCUUUCUUUCUUUUCCUCUUUCUUUCUUUCUUUCUUUCUUUCUUUCUUUCUUUCUUUCUUUCUUUCUAAUUAUUUUCUCUCGUUUUUCUUUUCUUUCUUUCUUUCUUUCUUUCUUUCUUUCUUUCUUUCUUUCUUUCUUUCACACCUCAGUAUAUCUUUCUUUCAACAAUCUCCUUAACACUGAAUUUUCAAUUUCUUUCUUUCUUUCUUUCUUUCUUUCUUUCUUUCUUUCUUUCUUUCUUUCUUUCACACCUCAGUAUAUCUUUCUUUCACUAAUCUUCCUUACAUUGAAUUUUCAGUUUCUUUCUUUCUUUCUUUCUUUCUUUCUUUCUUUCUUUCUCAGUUCAUUUUCUUUUUUCAGUUUUUCUUCUUUCAUUUGUGUUCUUUCCUUCUUUCUGUCUCUCUUUCUUUCUUCAUUCCUUUUUCAGUUUGGUUCCAUUCUGGUUGUUCUUUUUUUACUUGUAUUCACUUCUUCUUUGUCUUUGUUUCUUUCUUUCACAGUUCUGGCCUUAUUUUUAUUUCUUCUUCUUUCACUUGUGCUCUUUCUUUCUUUCUUUCUUUCUUUCUUUCUCAGUUAUGUUCCUUUUAGUUCUUCUUUCAAUUGGUUCUUCGUUUUUCACUUGUGUUCUUUCUUUCUUUCUUUCUUUCCUUCUUUCUUUCUUUCUUUCUUUCUUUCUUUCUUUCUUUCUUUCUUUCUUUCUUUCUUAUUACUCUUCUAUAUUAGUCCUUCUUUUACUUGUAUUCUUUCCGUCUUUCUUUCUUCGUUUUUAUUUCCGUUUCUUCUAUUUUUUUUCUUUACCGCUUCUUCGUUUCUUUUCCUUUUUCGCCCCUCUUAUCUAUUUUUCAGUUUACAUUUUUCUUCUUCAUUACCUCUAAAACCAAAUCAGUGUCGAUGGUGUGAAGAACAAUUCAGAUUACACAUUUUUCUUCUUUUUAAAAGUGUCGUGUCACUUCAGUAUGUGGGCGAACAUACCUCUCCACGAUGUUCUAACGGUGGAUUUCGAAAACGAAAGACAUUUUUUAUACAAGGUUACGUCUUCUUUUUUCCUCCAGGUGUCGAUGGUGUGAUGAAAAUUCCAGGUUACAUAUUUUCUUCUUUUCAAAAGUGUCGUGUCACUUCAGGAUGUUUUUUUUUUCUCUCUUUGCCGCCUUUAUUUUUCUUUAUAUUUUUCACUUCCUUCUCUUCUUCAUUCGUUCAGAGUUACUUCCCGCUUCUUCGUUUUUCUUCGUGCCUUUCAGCCAAUUUUUCUUUCGUUCUGUCUUUGAAAAAUAAGUUUCGCGUCAAUCCUUCCUCAGCCUUAUUUUCAUUACAACUCUUCCCGCAUAUUACAGCCAGUUCUCCGUCCAAUGACCAUUUUCAGCGAGAACUUUUUCAUUAUCUCGUUUUUAUACGCACCUUUCUUCCAGUGGACGGCGAUUUUCUUUAUCUUUUGGCUCGCAACUUCACACGCCCCGAAACUUUUUUUUUCUUAUUUAUCCUAUCCUCAUCAACCCUAUCCUUUUUUAUUUUCUUAUUGUUUACCUUCCUUCUUCUUCUUCUUCUUCUUCUUCUUCUUCUUCUUCUUCUUCUUCUUCUUCUUCACACUAAUAUCCGUAUCUAUCUAUCUAUCUAUCUAUCUAUCUAUCUAUCUAUCUAUCUAUCUAUCUAUCUAUCUCGGUCUGUUCAUAUCUAUCUAUCUAUCUAUCUAUCUAUCUAUCUAUCUAUCUAUCUAUCUAUCUUUUUUUUUCUUCUUCUUCCUCCCUUAACUUCUUUCCUCCUAUACCUUCUUUUUCUUCUUCAUUUCCUCCUCUCCAUCCUACUUCUUCUUCUUCGUCUUCUUUCUAUCUAUCUAUCCAUCUAUCUAUCUAUCUAUCUAUCUAUCUAUCUAUCUUCUUUUUUCUACUUCUCCCUCCAUUAA